AUGGCUCGCAGCUCCACGCCGCAGGGCAGCCUGCGACAGAGGGGCACUGCGUCCAAGAAGGUUUCUGACGAUACUUUCAGCCCCGAAACUGAGCUUGAUAAGCUUGCAAAGGCCGGCGCCCAGAGAGCUGGCAAGGGCGAGGUCGAGUACAAGAUUGGCCUUGCCAUCAUCACCAUUCUGGCCUUUGUCACUCGAUUCUGGGGUAUCAGCCACCCCAACGAGGUCGUCUUUGACGAGGUGCAUUUUGGAAAGUUUGCUUCCUACUACCUCGAGCGAACCUACUUCUUCGAUGUCCACCCUCCCUUCGGAAAGCUUCUCUUCGCCUUUAUGGGCUGGCUGGUCGGCUAUGAUGGCCACUUCCACUUCGAGAACAUUGGCGACUCCUACAUUGCCAACAAGGUCCCUUACGUGGCCUUCCGAGCUCUGCCCGCCAUUCUCGGUGCCCUGACCGUCUCCGUCACCUACCUCAUCAUGUGGGAGUCUGGAUACAGUCUUCCCGCCUGCAUUCUCGCCGCCGGUCUUAUCCUCCUUGACAAUGCCCACAUUGGCCAGACCCGUCUCAUUCUCCUGGACGCUACCCUCGUCCUCGCCAUGGCCUGCAGUCUGCUCUUCUACAUCAAGUGGUACAAGCUUCGACACGAGCCCUUCUCCAGGAAGUGGUGGAAGUGGCUCAUCCUGACCGGAUUCGCCCUGUCCUGCGAUAUCUCGGUCAAGUACGUUGGUCUCUUCGCCUUUGUCACCAUUGGCUCCGCUGUCAUCAUUGACCUCUGGGACCUGCUCAACAUCAACCGACCCAAUGGCGCUAUCAGCCUCCAGGAGUUCGCCAAGCAUUUUGCUGCUCGAGCCUUUGGCCUGAUCAUCAUGCCCUUCCUGUUCUACCUCUUCUGGUUCCAGGUCCACUUUGCCGUCCUCAACCGCUCCGGCCCCGGUGACGACUUCAUGACCCCCGAGUUCCAGGAGACCCUCAGCGACAACGUCAUGCUGGCCAACGCUAUUGACAUCCAGUACUACGACAGCAUCAGCAUUCGCCACAAGGAGACCAAGACCUACCUCCACAGCCACGAGGACCGAUACCCUCUUCGCUACGACGAUGGCCGUGUCUCCAGCCAGGGCCAGCAGGUCACCGGUUACCCCUACAACGACACCAACAACUACUGGGAGAUCCUGCCCAUGAACGACGACAAGAAGCUGGGUCGCACCGUCAAGAACCACGACCUGGUCCGCUUGAGGCACAUUGGUACCGACAAGAUCCUGCUCUCUCACGAUGUCGCCUCGCCCUACUACCCCACCAACCAGGAGUUCACGGCUGUCUCGAUCGAGGAUGCCUACGGCAAGCGCCAGAACGAUACUCUCUUCGAGGUCCGAAUUGAACAUGGCAAGAAGAACCAGAACUUCAAGUCCGUCUCGGGUCACUUCAAGUUCAUCCACAAUCCAAGCAAGGUCGCCAUGUGGACUCACACCAAGCCUCUGCCUGAGUGGGGAUACAAGCAGCAGGAAAUCAACGGCAACAAGCAGAUUGCGCCCAGCUCCAACGUCUGGAUCGUUGAGGACAUUCCCUCGCUGCCCGCCGACCACCCCCGUCGUCAGAAGCCUGAGCGCAAGGUCAAGCAGCUGCCCUUCCUCCAGAAGUGGUUCGAGCUCCAGCGUGCCAUGUUCUACCACAACAGCAAGCUCACCAGCAGCCACCCCUACUCGAGCCACCCUUACCAGUGGCCCUUCCUGCUCCGCGGUGUCAGCUUCUGGACUCAGGGCGAGACCCGCCAGCAGAUCUACUUCCUGGGCAACCCCUUCGGCUGGUGGCUCGCGAGCAGUCUUCUUGCUGUCUAUGCCGGUAUCAUUCUUGCUGAUCAGGUGUCUCUGCGUCGUGGCAUUGAUGCCCUGGAUCACCGCACUCGUUCCCGCCUGUAUAACUCGACUGGAUUCUUCUUCCUCGCGUGGGCCACUCACUACUUCCCAUUCUACCUCAUGGGACGUCAGCUCUUCCUGCAUCAUUAUCUUCCAGCUCACCUGGCCUCUUGUCUCGUCGCCGGUGCUCUACUUGAGUUCAUCUUCAACUCGGAGCCUGCUGAGGAGCUGACCAUUAAGGACAAGAAGGUUGCCCCUAGCCCCAAGCACCACGUCACCGCCCGAGAGCGAUUCGCUGGCCAGAGUAUGCUCAGCGCCUGGAUCGCUUGCGGUGCUGUGCUGGCUAUCAUCGUUGCCGGCUGGUACUUCUUCCUUCCCCUGACCUACGGCUACCCUGGCCUGUCGGUUGAGCAGAUCCUCCGAAGGAAGUGGCUCGGUUACGACCUGCACUUUGCCAAAUAA